GCCCUCUUCCGCUUCCUUUCUGCCUCCUCUGGUCGGCUUGUGGAGGUUGUUGAUAAUGGUUUGUGUUACACGUGCUGGCAUUUUUCAGCGUUUUCCGUGAUCUCAAAGAGCAGGGGACACAAGAUUUGUUCAUUCUCGAGUACUUUCGCGUCUAGCCUUUGCAGUUUUCCAACCGAGAGACGCCCCCAUCCACUUAUUCCGAUCACGUUAACUAGUAGGAGUUAGAAGCCAAGACGUCUUCACUGACUCUUACCUGUGUAAUUUGUCGCCGAAUAAAACUGUAAUGAAAUUGGAAGUACAUUAAAUGUUCAUUGGGGUUCAGGGCUAGGUUGGCUGGUUGUUAUUUUUUUUUUUGGCUUCGCAUUUUUUGGGGUGUUUUGUCAAGCAUUCCGCGUUUCCCGGGGAUUUCUUGUUGUUGGCUACAUUUUUUUUUUUACAUAAUGGGGGCUUACUUGUCGCAGCCCAACACUGUAAAAACCACAGCCGAUGGAGGGAAUACAAGUCUGAGCUACGGAUUUGCAGCCAUGCAAGGCUGGCGGGUUUCAAUGGAGGAUGCUCAUAAUUGUAUUCCAGACCUGGAUGAGGAGACAGCCAUGUUCGCGGUGUACGAUGGGCACGGAGGUGAAGAAGUUGCUUUAUACUGUUCCAAAUACCUCCCUGAAAUUAUAAUGGAACAGAAGACGUACAAGGAUGGCAAGCUACAGAAGGCUCUAGAAGACGCCUUUCUGGCCAUUGAUAGCCGGAUGACCAUGGAUGAAGUGGUCAAAGAGCUGGCGCAGAUUGCUGGCCGACCUCAGGAGGAUGAAGUGAAAGAGAGAGUGGCUGAUGAAGACGACGUCGACAACGAAGAGGCGGCCCUGCUGCACGAAGAGGCCACGAUGACGAUCGAGGAGCUGCUGAUCCGCUACGGGCAGAACCUCAACUCGAUCAAAAACGCGAAGAAACCCUGCCACCCCACGAAGAAAGCAGCCGGGCCGGAGGACGGAGAGGACGCCUGUCCGGACAAGGACAUUAACGGGGAGGCCGGGGGCACGAACUCGGAGCCGGGCGGAAAGAACGGCAAGCCCAAACCCGCGGCAGGGAAGAGCUCCGGCUCAGACGCGAGGGGCAGCCGGAGUUCUGGCGACGGGGGGUCGGGCCCCUGCCCCGCCGAUAAACCCCAGGCCGAGGGGGAGGCCGCGUCGCCCACGGGGGACGCCGGACCCUCCUGUUCCUCCUCUGCGGCGCAGCCACAGUGGAGCUCCAAGUCCAAGUUCUUUGAGGACAGUGACGAGUCAGAAGAAGCAGAGGACGAAGAGGAGGAAGACAGCGAGGAAGAGGAUGGAAGCGAGGAAGAUGAAGGAGAAUACAGCAGUACAGAGGAAGAUGAAGAGGAGGAGGACAGUGACGCAGAGGAUGAAGAAAUGUGCCUUCCUGGAAUGGAUGGAAAAGAGGAGCCCGGCUCAGACAGUGGGACCACAGCAGUUGUAGCUCUGAUCCGAGGAAAACAGCUGAUUGUGGCCAACGCCGGCGACUCGCGCUGCGUGGUGUCCGAGAAGGGGAAAGCAGUGGACAUGUCCUAUGACCACAAGCCAGAGGACGAGGUGGAGCUGGCGAGGAUCAAGAACGCAGGCGGCAAAGUUACUAUGGAUGGGAGAGUCAACGGGGGGCUCAAUCUCUCCAGAGCCAUUGGCGAUCACUUUUACAAACGGAAUAAAGCCCUGCCUCCCGAAGAGCAGAUGAUUUCAGCUUUACCCGAUGUCAAAGUGUUGACUCUGAACAAAGACCAUGACUUCAUGGUCAUUGCCUGCGAUGGAAUCUGGAACGUCAUGAGCAGCCAGGAAGUAAUAGACUUUGUCAGUGAGAGAAUAAAGCCAAAUGAAAAUGGUGAAGUUCGACUACUGUCCUCCAUUGUUGAAGAGCUGCUGGAUCACUGCUUGGCUCCCGACACCUCAGGGGACGGAACCGGAUGUGACAACAUGACCUGCGUCAUCGUCACCUUCACGCCACAGCCCUCCUCCAGCCCGGCCGAGGGGAGCAAGAAGCGCAAACCAGAGGAGAGCGCAGCCGAGAAAAAUGGGAACGACAGCAAGAAGUCUAAAACAGAAUAGCCGUCCCGUUAAAUGGGUUGAUCCUUUUUAGAAACAAAUCAGACUUCAGACUUUUUUUCCUUAUUUUUUUUUAAAGGAUUUUUGCCGAAGUAUUCAGCUUUGAAGAAUGUCCUUGUUCAUCGGGGGGAUUUCUAUUAGAUUAUCUUAAAUAUGGAGAAAUUGUACAUGUAAAUCAGGAACUGUUCGUUAAUUUUUAUUUUCCAUCAGUCUGUUUAGUAUGUCAUAUGUUGUCGUUCCCCCCCCCCCUCCUUGCCACAUGAUCAUAAACAUGCCUCUCCCAUGAUAUUCCAGUGCUCAAAUAUGUACUACAAAGAAGGAUUAUGUUUUAAGAAAGAUGAAAGACGUCUGUGGAUUUCAAUGUACAAUGUAACAUGUAUAUAUGUUCUUUUCCAUAUUUGUCAACUUUUAGUCUAAAGAUUGCAUUAACUUUUUUUGGGUAAUUGUGGAGCAAUGUGACAUAUGGUGCCUAUUCCUUCAACACCAAUAUGUAAGUACAUUCAAAUACAUUUUUUUAAAAAAUUAACAUGCAGAAAAGA